AUGCUUGUGUUGAACAAUCCUAACAAUCCAACGGGUAAACUGUACUCUCGCGAAGAACUUGAAGCUAUUGCUGAGGUGGUGCGCGAGUUCAAUCUGAUUGUGGUAGCAGAUGAAGUUUAUGAAUGGCAUGUGUGGGAUAAGAAGAUGAUUCGAUUUGUUUACAUGUUCUACUGUACUUAA